GCCAGCUCAUACUCUUUCUCUCUCGCUCUUUCUCUAUUUAUCUCUCCAAAACAACCAAAAACACCAACUCCGCUCCUCUCUAUAUAUCUGAUGACACUUUCAACGUUUUCUCCAUCAGAUCUCUUGGAGAUGCGUGAUUCUUGAGAAAGUUUGAGACUUUCUGUCUUUUUUGGUUUUAACCCUUGUGGUUAUCUGGGGGUUUGAUAUCUUUCAAUACCCAUGACUCAAAAUCCUAUCUUUUCUUGAUUUGUUCGGUGGUUUUAACCUUAAGAUCCCAUUUUGGCAUCUGGGUUUUGGCUGUUUUUCUGAGAGGAAGCGGAGAGGAAGAGCUUUUGAGAGGGUGAGCAAAAAUGGCUAAUGGACCUGAGAGAGAGAUGGUGUUGUUGUUUAGUGAAGAAGAGUUGAGAGAGAUGAGUGGGGUCAAGAGAGGUGGAGAUUACAUAGAAGUGAUGUGUGGCUGUACUAGCCAUAGAUAUGGUGAUGCUGUUGGUAGGCUUAGGGUUUUUAUCAAUGGUGAACUUGAAAUCACAUGUGAAUGCACUCCUGGUUGUGAUGAAGACAAGAUGACUCCUGCUGCAUUUGAGAAGCACUCUGGAAGAGAGACAGCUAGAAAAUGGAAGAACAAUGUAUGGGUCAUAGUUAAUGGGGAGAAGGUUCCAUUGGUAAAGACAGUGCUGCUCAAAUACUACAACCAGGCCUCAAAAAAUGGCAAUGGAUCCCACAGGUCACACAAUGGACGAGUUUGUCAUCGCGAUGAGUUUGUUCGCUGUAAUAAAUGUAACAAGGAACGCAGGUUUCGGUUACGGUCCAAAGAGGAGUGUCGGAUUCACCAUGAUGCUUUGGCUGAUGCGAACUGGAAAUGUGCUGAUAUGCCAUAUGACAAAAUAACAUGUGACGAUGACGAAGAACGGGCAAGUCGAAGGGUGUACAGGGGUUGCACCCGUUCCCCAACAUGCAAGGGCUGCACUUCCUGUGUGUGCUUUGGUUGUGAAAUCUGUCGUUUCUCAGAUUGCAGCUGCCAAACUUGCACCGACUUCACUAGGAAUGCAAAAGUUUGAGUUCAAAACAGUGAUGCUUUAGCAGUCCUGAUAUCCCCCCUUUUAUUUGUUGCCUUUCUAUGGCAUUAUUGCUUUAUUUAAUCCCCUGCCCCCACAGUUAAGCCUAUGAGUAACAUUCUCUUAUGUUAAACCUGAAAUUCCAGUCUCUGAGUUAGGCAUUCAUUGUGCUCGUUGGCUGGUAGAGAACUUCGAAAUUUAGUAAUUUAUCUCAUUUAUUUUUUUCUUUUGCA